AAGUUUGCUGUGAAGACAACAAAUAGUGUCGCAGAAACGGAAAUCGGAUUCGUGGUGCCGUCUGCCAGGGCUCGCUCUGCUCGGCUGCGCCCCUCAGAUGUGGGCAUGGGUCGCGAUAGCUUACACAGAGGGCUGGGCUCUCUCUGUGCAUUCACCUUCUGCUGGCUGCCGGCUGGGUGUGAUGGCACUGCCCGGUGGAGCUCCUGGCUUGGUCAGGCGGUGCCCCACAAAGAGGACUGCAGCGUGUGCAGGGCUGCGCUGCCUUCCUGAGCGUGACUCAGUGAUGGGACGGUGCUCCUCCGCCCCUGGUGGCCACCCUAGAUUCCAGUCACCGUGUGGUUUUACUUUUUAGAUGUCAUCUUUAAGUAAAAUAAAUAGUGUUCCGCAGCCCCUCCCAGUUCCCAAAGAAACAGGACGGGUGCAUGGAUAAUGCUUUUUUAUUUUGUGCGGACCCCAGGUUGUGUCACAGAGCAGAGUUCCAUCCUGCAGGUACCGCCGACCCCAGGGCUCCAGUGCGUGUGCCAGCUGUGCGAGCACACCAACUUCACCUGCCAGACGGAGGGAGCGUGCUGGGCCUCGGUCAUGCUGACCAACGGCAAGGAGGAGGUGAUCAAGUCCUGCGUGUCGCUCCCGGAGCUCAACGCCCAGGUCUUCUGCCACAGCUCCAAGAACAUCACCAAGACCGAGUGCUGCUACACCGACUUCUGCAACAACAUCACCCUCCGCCUGCCCAUAGCCUCCGAGUCCCCCGGUCGCGCUGCUGCGGGGCCCGUGGUGCUGGCGGUGACGGUGGCCGUGCCCGUCUGCGUCCUGUCCCUCGUGGCCGUGCUGGCUGCCUGCACCUGCCAGGGCCGGCGCUGCGCCCGCAGCAGAACAAAGCCGCCCAACGUGGAGGAGCCGCUCUCCGAGUGCAACCUGGUCAGCUCGGGCAAGACGCUCAAGGACCUCAUUUACGACAUGACGACGUCUGGCUCCGGCUCUGGCUUACCUCUGCUCGUACAAAGAACAAUCGCAAGGACUAUUGUUCUGCAGGAGAUUGUAGGAAAGGGCCGCUUUGGUGAAGUGUGGCGUGGAAAGUGGUGCGGGGAAGAUGUGGCUGUGAAAAUCUUCUCCUCGAGAGACGAGCGGUCCUGGUUUCGAGAGGCAGAGAUUUAUCAGACAGUUAUGCUGAGACAUGAGAACAUCCUGGGAUUUAUUGCUGCUGAUAACAAGGACAACGGGACCUGGACCCAGCUGUGGCUUGUGUCUGAGUACCACGAGCAGGGCUCCCUGUUUGACUACCUGAACAGGGGCACGGUGACAGCGGAGGGCAUGGUGAGGCUGGCGCUGUCCAUUGCCAGCGGACUGGCGCACCUGCACAUGGAGAUCGUGGGCACGCAGGGCAAGCCGGCGAUCGCUCACAGGGACCUGAAGUCCAAGAACAUCCUGGUGAAGAGGAACGAGAGCUGCGCCAUCGCGGACCUGGGGCUGGCGGUGAAGCACGACUCCGUGCUCAACACCAUCGACAUCCCCCAGAACCCGCGGGUGGGGACAAGGAGGUACAUGGCUCCUGAGAUACUGGAUGACGUGAUGAACACCAACAUCUUCGAGUCCUUCAAGCGUGCGGACAUCUACUCUCUUGGGCUGGUGUACUGGGAGAUAGCACGAAGGUGUUGCGUUGGAGGGAUCACUGAGGAGUACCAGCUGCCUUACUACGACGUCGUGCCUUCUGAUCCCUCGAUAGAAGAUAUGAGAAGGGUGGUUUGUGAGCAGAAGCUCCGACCAAAUAUUCCAAACCAGUGGCAAAGCUGUGAGGCGCUGCGGGUGAUGGGCCGCAUCAUGCGCGAGUGCUGGUACGCCAACGGGGCGGCGCGGCUCACCGCGCUGCGCAUCAAGAAGACCGUGUCACAGCUCUGCGUGCAGGAGGACUCCAAAACCUAACGGCUCCCAGCGCGAAGAGGGGACUGCGUUCUGCUGUUCAUCUGUUAACGUGUGAUAUCCUUUUUGUUUUUGGUCUACCUCACGUGAUGCAGUUUGGUGUUCAAGUGCCCGGACCAGAGCACUGCCAUCUGGCUUCAUGGCUGGCCGCCGGGAGGGGCCGCUUUUGACCUGUAGCUCUUGCUCUGUACAGCAAGCCACGGGCUUGGUUGGGCUGCCUGAGGAAAAUGGGACGCUAGGCUCGUAGCGGAAAGGAGCUUUAAACGCAGCGUCGGUGUAAAUGUACUUCUUGCUGUUGUGCUUUCUAUCCUGGUCAAACCCAGUGCACUGCAAAUAGCUGGGACUGCUUAAAGCACAUCUGCAGGAGAAACCACGCGCUUCAUCCUCAAACCGAGCAAAAGACCAAACUUCAUCGAGCUUUUGGCUUGCUUCUGUGCAGGGAUCUGAAAGGGGGCUGUCAGUAAAAUGCAUUGCUAAAUACUGUAUUUGUCGUUACCUAAGCAAAUAAGGUGAAAAUUCCACUGAGCAUAUAUAUUGUGAACAAAAGCAUCUAUUUUUUUUUACUUUUAUUUUUAUUGUCUUGGUUUCACAUGCAGUAUUAUAGUUAGGAGUUGAACUUAUUUUGUUCUUUUCAUCUGAGUUGAAUGCAUCGACCAAGGGCCGAUUGAUUUUUUACUAGGAAAAGUAGCGCAGGCAAUAAUUUUCUGAUGAACACAUAGGGAUGGAACGGGAGAAAUUCUAGCGAAGCUGAGAAAGUGUGUGUUUUUAUGCAGCAUCUUGCCAGUCUGCCAGUGGCAGCAGUUAGCAGUGCCUGUGGAUGCCCUGGGGAAGGCUAUAACACCGCUGGCUCCUGGAAGGCUGGGCAGCAAUGGAGCCAUGUGCGGGUGCAGGGUCAGCGUGCUUGCCUCCAGCCCGGUGCCUGGCACUGGGAAUUGCUGUCUGAGUGGUGCCUGCGCCCCAGCCCGAGGGCUGUGCUCUGUCACAGCCUAGGUACCCAUAGCGGGGAAGCAUUGGGUGUGAUGUGCUUGCACAGAGCCGGUGCAGCCUGUUCUCAAGUUCCUCUGAAUUUCCGUAGCGACGCCAGGCUGGUGGGAAGUGUCUGUGCCCCAAAUCAAAUCACCACGGUUCUACGGGCUGUGAAAAAUGGUGUGUGUGUUCCAAAUGCCCUGAUGUUCUGGCACUGUGCGGCUUCUGUCCCAUGUGUGUUUGAAUGCAGUGUUCUAGGGCUUUUGAUUGCCAACCUUACACCUUGCGCAAUAAUCUUGAUUCUGUAGGCGUUUCUAAAUGCAGGUGGUCCAGAGAAGUUAAACCCAGGGACGUCCCCAGAGAAGUGAAGGUUUGCAGAAAUCUGGUGUAGCACCACAGCUCUGUGGAAGUAAGAUUUUGGUUAAUUAUGGUCCUUAAGUUCAGUAUUUGUUGUGAAACCUCUUGAACAGGGGCUUCUGCGUGGAAGAAUGGGUUAAACUUCUUAUGAAUGGGAUGAUCAGUCGUAUCAGUAUUCCGUGUUUCAUUCUGAUGCACAAAUGAGGAUUAUAUGGACUCUUACAGAUGCAAAUUGCCCCAUAAAUAGGCUGUAGUGAAAUCGGUCUCCUUGAAUAACUUCUGUUUGCUUCUGCUUGUGCUGAGCAGUGCAAGCCUUUGCCUUGUUUCAUGGUCUAUUUGCUGAACGGUGAGAGUAUUUCUACCAGAUUGCUAGUAGAAUUUGUCUGGCAUGCUUUCUGAGAAGUGAUCAAAGUCAUCUGAUACAUUUCACUCUCAUAUGCUUCUACUGCAUGAACGAUGCCAAGAGUUCAAGCAGAUGUGUACUUCCUAAGAUGCUGCAAGUGUGUAAUGCCAGCAGUGACGCUCACUUGAGUAUCAAAGGAUUCGCAAACCUGAGACUCAGAGCUUGCUCCUAUCCAGAACAACUAUGAAAAAAACCCUUGAGCUGAGAAGGGGCCAUCGAGGUGUUUGUUACUGAGUGGGAAAAGGCCAUCUCUUAACCACUGAGAUCAGCUCCCUGAAAUUGUAGAACAAUUGCUCUGAAGCUGCUAGCAGUGGGAUAGGAGCAAUUUGCUCCUUAUCGCUUCAGUUCCUGUGUUCCCCAUGGAGGGGUACCGCGAGGUGACCGCGGGGAGCUCUCUGCUUUCCCCUGCUUUUCCCUUAGCUGGGUAUUUUUUGCACUGGGUCUUUUUCCUUUUGUUUUGUCGCUGUUGAGAGGUGAAUACACAUCCGAACAAACUGAAGUUGAACACAAGGGAGCCAGGUGGCCAGUGCUGCUGUAUGGGGCUUUAAGGUGUUUGUAAGCUGUACCCUCCCUUUAAAAAAGCAACAGAAUAUUUGGCUUGUCGCCUUUUCCCUCCAUGUAAACACUCAAGUUUAGAAACAGUGGUUAUACUGAGUUACUUCUUUGCUCCUUAGGGAGCCUUAGGCUUCUUAAGAGAGAGAUUCGUAUCUCUGCUGCUAAUCUGCAGUUAAAGCGCAGAUUCUUAAGCUCCUGGAAUGUUUCAGGCCUGGGGAUGCAGAAGGCUGCUUGCAGCCCAGGCCCUCCUAGCCCAUCUAACCCAUUAUCUCACCUGGGGGAAUUACUGUAUAUUUUUUUAAGUUUACUUGUAGUAAAAACCUACAACAUCAUGCGCAGAACAUGAACUGAAAGGGAAAGUUAAUUAACAAACAUUAGCACCUCAUUUAUUUUAUGUCUCCUUAAGUCUUCCCCCACGAAAUACCCCACGAGAAACUCAAACUGUAAUCUCUUUUGCACUUUGCUGUUUUUGUGGUCAUUUGCACUCCACCAAACUCAUUCCCUCACGUAACCCCGUAACAAAUCCCAUCACACCCCACUUACAUCUGCUGGGAACUCAGGAGCCAUUGCUCUGUGUGCUCAGAACCAUUUAUGGAUCUACAGGGCAGAAAAGCAUUAAGAGGUACAAUGCAUUUCUACAGGAUGGAAGAUAUGUGCAAUAAGUUGUAACCAAAGGCUCUGAAUGUAUUUUUGGCAUAAAUAGACCAAAUGUAUUUUGAUUGUAGCUAUCACAUUUGUGUCUGAAUCUGCUGUGGUUUUUUCAGUCCCCAAAGAGAAAUGUGUAGUGUUUGUCAACCUCAAAAAACAGCUUGUCUGUUUUUUAAAGAAGCAUUCAUAUUUUAAAUGGAAGAGCUGCGAUAUUUUAGAACUUAGUGAUGAAAUCCAAUCUGCACCUUGUGAAAUACCCAAUCUAGUGUACAUUGCAGCAAGUUAUUUUUGAAACUGUUGCUAAAGUUGCUGCGUGAAAUUUCAGCUGGAUGUAAAUAAUUUGUUGAGAUGCUGUAUUUUGUAUGCAUAUUUUACAGGCCAAUAUACUUUCGGAAAGGUGCGGAGAUUUUAAUAAAUUGAGCGCACUCUGCCGUGCGUUGCCAUGAAGUGCA